GCGGCGGCGCGCGGGGCGCCGUGGGAGCGUGAGCCCGGCAAGAUGGCGGAGUCUGCAAAUGCCACCCACGAGGUCAUCAAUGCCACCCUCCACACUCUGCUGGCCGCCACUACCAAGCUGGUGGCACCUACGCCUCCCAAGCCCAUCCUUCCAGUUCAGACUGGAGUCCAGGCACAGCAAGAGGAACAGUCCAGUGGCAUGACGAUUUUUUUUAGUCUUCUUGUUAUAGCAAUUUGCAUCAUAUUGGUGCAUUUACUGAUAGAAUACCGGCUUCAUUUUUUACCAGAGAGCGUGGCUGUUGUUUCCUUAGGUAUCCUUAUGGGAGCUUUUAUAAAAAUCAUAGAGGCUCAAAAGCUGGCCAACUGGAAGGAAGAAGAAAUGUUUCGUCCAAAUAUGUUUUUUCUGCUUUUGCUUCCACCUAUUAUAUUUGAAUCUGGAUAUUCACUGCACAAGGGUAAUUUUUUUCAGAACAUUGGUUCCAUCAUUCUGUUCUCAGUAUUUGGCACUGCAAUAUCAGCUUUCAUUGUAGGUGGAGGAAUCUAUUUCCUGGGCCGGGCUGAUGUAAUUUAUAAACUCAACAUGACAGACAGUUUUGCAUUCGGCUCUUUGAUAUCUGCAGUUGACCCCGUGGCUACUAUUGCCAUUUUCAAUGCCCUUAAUGUGGAUCCUGUGCUUAACAUGUUGGUUUUUGGAGAAAGUAUUCUCAACGAUGCAGUCUCAAUUGUCCUGACCAACACAGCAGAAGGUUUGACAAGGGAAAAUAUGUCAGAUGUAAGUGGAUGGCAAACCUUUCUACAGGCACUGGGAUACUUUCUCAAGAUGUUCUUUGGCUCUGCAGCACUUGGCACACUUACUGGUCUUAUUUCUGCAUUAGUACUAAAGCACAUUGAUUUAAGGAAGACACCUUCCCUGGAAUUUGGGAUGAUGAUUAUCUUUGCUUACCUUCCUUAUGGACUUGCAGAAGGGAUCUCACUCUCAGGUAUCAUGGCAAUCCUGUUCUCUGGCAUCGUGAUGUCUCACUACACUCACCACAACCUGUCCCCAGUGACACAGAUCCUGAUGCAGCAGACACUCAGAACUGUGGCUUUCAUGUGUGAAACGUGUGUUUUUGCAUUUCUUGGCCUGUCAAUUUUUAGUUUUCCUCACAAGUUUGAAAUGUCCUUUGUCAUCUGGUGCAUAGUGCUGGUUCUCUUUGGUAGAGCAGUGAAUAUUUUUCCACUUUCCUACCUACUCAACUUUUUCCGUGAUCAUAAAAUCACUCCCAAAAUGAUGUUUAUCAUGUGGUUUAGUGGAUUACGUGGUGCCAUUCCCUAUGCCCUCAGCCUGCACCUGGGCCUGGAGCCCAUCGAGAAGCGGCAGCUCAUCGGCACCACGACCAUCAUCAUCGUGCUCUUCACCAUCCUGCUGCUGGGAGGGGGAACCAUGCCCCUCAUCAGGCUCGUGGACAUCGAGGACUCCAAGCCCCGCAAGAGGAGCAAGAAGGACGUCAAUCUCAGCAAGACAGAGAAGAUGGGAAACACCAUAGAAUCUGAGCAUUUGUCAGAGCUCACAGAGGAGGAAUAUGAAGCCCAGUACAUAAAACGUCAGAACCUCAAAGGGUUUAUGCGGCUUGAUGUGGAGUAUUUGAAUCCUUUCUUCACCAGAAGACUCACACAAGAAGACCUGCACGACGGGCGCAUCCAGAUGAAGACCCUGACCAACAAGUGGUACGAGGAGGUGCGCCAGGGCCCCUCGGGCUCCGAGGACGACGAGCAGGAGCUGCUGCAGCAGAGCGGGGCCGGGGCGCGCUGAGCCCCCCGUGCCUCGGGG